GGACCAAAAUAAUUCAAAUGGUAAUUACGUGCCUUGGCUUCCAACCAACGUUUUUGACUAGGGCUGACUCGGUAGCUUGUUAUGUUAGUAUAAGAGUUAACUCCAUCUGAUACUCAGCUGAAUAAACUCAUACGUACAAAGGAAUAUUAUCUAAAAGACGAGAGUACAAGUGAGAAAUGGCGUUAAAGGUGAUCAAGAUCUCCCGAGUCAGCCCUGCAACCGCCUCCGUCGACCCGCUCAUUGUCCCACUCUCGUUCUUUGAUUUACAGUGGCUUAAACUCAACCCUACCGAGCAAGUCUUCUUUUACAAACUCACCGAAUCAUCAUCAUCUCGCGACGUUUUCUACUCCUCCAUCCUCCCCAAGCUCGAGCGAUCUCUUUCACUCAUCCUCACUCACUUUCGCCUAUUCACGGGUCACCUUAAGUGGGAUUCACAAGAUCCAAAGCCGCAUUUAGUUGUUCUCUCAGGAGACACACUCUCUCUCACAGUGGCUGAGACUGAUGCGGAUUUCUCACGUAUCUCUGGCAGAGGGCUUCGUCCAGAGCUAGAGUUACGCCCUCUAAUACCCGAGCUACCGAUUUAUUCUGACUCGGGGGCUGUUGUAUCUCUGCAAGUCACUUUGUUCCCGAAACAAGGCUUCUGCAUUGGAACCACAGCCCACCAUGUCGUCUUGGACGGCAAAACGGCUGAAAAAUUUAACAAAGCAUGGGCUCACACUUGUAAACAUGGCACCAUACCGAAAAUUCUACCAACGGUUUUAGAUCGUUCUGUCGUCAAUGUUCCAGCCGGACUUGAACAAAAGAUGCUCGAACUUCUGCCGUAUCUUACGGAGGACGACAAAGAGAACGGAAGAACCCUAAAGCUACCUCCAGUCAAAGAGAUUAACGCUAAAGACAACGUCCUCCGAAUCACCAUCGAGAUAAGUCCUGAAAACAUUGAGAAACUCAAGGAGAGAGCCAAGAAAGAGUCAACACGCGCUGAGCUUCACUUGUCAACGUUCGUAGUCACGUUCGCCCAUGUGUGGACAUGCAUGGUGAAGGCACGUAGUGGUGACCCAAACCGACCGGUUCGUUUCAUGUACGCUGCUGAUUUUAGGAACCGGUUAGAACCACCAGUCCCUGUGACAUACUUCGGGACUUGUGUCUUAGCCAUGGAUUUCUAUAAAUACAAAGCUAAGGAGUUUAUGGGAGAAGAUGGAUUUGUCAACACCGUCGAGAUUCUCAGUGAUUCGGUCAAACGUUUGGCUUCACAAGGGGUAGAGUCAACUUGGAAAGUGUAUGAGGAAGGAACAAAGACAAUGAAAUGGGGUACACAGUUGUUGGUCGUAAACGGGUCGAACCAGAUUGGGAUGUACGAAACGGACUUCGGGUGGGGAAGACCCAUUCACACUGAGACAAUGUCUAUCUACAAGAACGAUGAGUUCUCUAUGUCCAAGAGGAGAGAUGGUAUCGGUGGCGUCGAGAUUGGCAUCUCUUUGAAGAAACUUGAGAUGGAUACUUUUCUGUCUUUAUUUUACAAAUGGAUUGGAAACUGAAAACGUACGGUCUUAAUCGAUCCCAGCUUUUGCUUAUUUGUAUUUUUAUUUCUAGUUCAAUAAUUGCCCUAUAUGUACUACGCAAAUUUGUAUUGAUUCUGUCUUUUGAAUUCUAUUUUUUGGGGUACAAUAAUCAUCCAUAUUUGAAAUAUUAGUAGACUUUUCAUGAUCAGUGAAUCUAUUUCCCCCU